GUGCAGAUAAAUAUGUACUUCCCUACCAUGGGAGGUGGCAUAUACUUACCUUCUUGAAGGACGUUAUAGGUGAAAUUUAAGAAGAUAAAUAUACACAAAUUUUGUUUUGUAAAAAGACUAAAAGAGUGAAAUAAGGAGAGUUGAAAGAACGAAGCAUAUAUGAAAAAGGACACGGAGAGGUGGGCCUCAUCCGUACGGUUUUUUCACCACUCAAAAUACGGUUUUGAGGUCUGAUUUUACAAGGUGAAAAAGAGGGUCUCACUGAAGGUAGUUGUACUAUUCUAUCUGCCACCCCAUUUUGAAGUUUUUCUGCCUGGAUUAAGGGCUAUUAGAAAUGGUAUCUUCAAAAGAUGAAGGUACAACAACAAAAUCAAACCGUGUUCCUAUGGCUCGACAAGGAACUGGGUCAAAAGGACAAAAGAUUCGCCUACUCACCAACCAUUUCAAAGUAGGGAUGAACAACUCUGAUGGGCACUUCUUCCACUAUAGUGUUGCUCUAAAUUAUGAAGAUGGAAACCCCAUAGAGGUGAAAGGAAUUGGACGAAAAAUCCUUGACAAGGUCCACCAAACAUAUGCAAUGGAGCUAGCUGGCAAAGACUUUGCUUAUGAUGGGGAGAAGAGCUUGUUCACUAUUGGUGAACUGCCCGGGAAGAAGUUUGAGUUUGAUGUUGUCCUGGAGGAUAUUUCUUCAUCCAGAACCACUCGAGGCAGCCCUGGAGGGAGUCCCAGUGAUGUUGAUAGGAAAAGAUCAAAGAAGCAGCCAUGGUCAAAGGCAUACAAAGUGGUAAUUAAGUAUGCUGCAAAAAUACCAAUGCAAGCCAUUGCAAAUGCACUCCGGGGACAAGAUUCUGAAAAGUAUCAAGAGGCAGUGAGAGUGCUUGACAUAAUUCUGAGGCAGCAUGCUGCCAAACGGGGCUGCCUUAUUGUGCGCCAAUCUUUUUUUCACAAUGAGGCUAGAAACUUUGUUGAUCUUGGUGGAGGAGUUUCAGGAUGCCGAGGUUUCCAUGCAAGCUUCCGGGCCACGCAAGGAGGCCUUUCAUUGAACAUGGAUGUGUCAACCACAAUGAUUGUUAAGCCAGGGGCAGUGAUAGAUUUCCUUCUUGCAAACCAAAAUGCAAGAGAUCCUUAUCAGAUUGAUUGGUCCAAGGCAAAGAGGAUGCUGAAGAGUCUGAGGAUCAAGGCCAGCCCCUCAAAUAGGGAAUACAAAAUCACCGGUCUCACUGAUAAGCCUUGCAAAGAGCAGACCUUCACUUUGAAGCAGAAAAAUGGGAAUGGGGGAGUGCAAGAGGUUGAGACGACUGUUUAUGAGUAUUUCACUCAUCAUCGCCGUAUUCCUUUACAAUAUUCUGGAGAUUUUCCUUGCAUUAACGUUGGGAAACCGAAACAUCCAACAUUUAUUCCUCUUGAGCUUUGCUCUCUGGUGUCUCUGCAGCGCUACACCAAGGCCCUGUCCAAUCUACAAAGGGCUUCCCUUGUAGAAAAAUCCCGACAAAAGCCCCAAGAAAGGAUGAGAACAUUGACAGAUGCUCUAAAGACCAGCAACUAUAAGGCUGACUCUCUUCUUGGAUCUGCUGGAAUUUCAAUUAGUGAUCAGUUUACUCAAGUUGAAGGUCGAGUCUUGCCAGCUCCAAAGUUGAGGGUAGGGGAUGAACAAGACUUGUUUCCUAGAAAUGGAAGGUGGAAUUUUAACCAGAAGCAAUUGGUUGAACCGGUCAAACUUGAGCGUUGGGCAGCUGUGAACUUUUCUGCCCGUUGUGAUGUCCGUAAGCUUUGUAUGGAUCUACAAAGGUGUGGGAAAAUGAAAGGAAUUUUAAUCAAUCCACCAUAUGAUAUCUUUGAGGAGAAUCAGCAGUUCAGGCGUAACCCUGCUCCUGUGAGAGUUGAGAAGAUGUUAGAAGCACUGAAAUCAAAACUUCCAGCUCCACCUCAGUUCCUUCUAUGCAUUCUGCCAGAGAGAAAGAACUCUGACCUUUAUGGCCCCUGGAAGAGAAGGAAUUUAGCUGAUCUUGGAGUUGUUACACAAUGCAUUGCUCCUACAAAGAUCAAUGAUCAGUACCUUACCAAUGUGCUCUUGAAAAUCAAUGCAAAGCUGGGCGGCAUGAAUUCCUUUCUGACCACGGAGCUUGUCCCUACACUACCUCAGAUUUCCCGAGUCCCCACUAUCAUUAUUGGGAUGGAUGUCUCUCAUGGCUCACCUGGACGAUCAGAUGCUCCCUCCAUUGCAGCGGUGGUCAGCUCUAGACAAUGGCCCUUGAUUUCACGGUAUCGAGCAGCUGUUUGUACACAGUCACCAAAGCUUGAAAUGAUGGAUUCUCUGUACAAGAAAAUAUCGGACACCGAAGAUGUGGGCCUUUUCAGGGAGCUGCUGAGGGAUUUUUACUCAAGUUCUAAAAAUGUGAAACCUGAGCACAUCAUCAUUUUCAGAGAUGGAGUUAGUGAGUCUCAGUUCAACCAAGUCAUUAACAUUGAGCUCAAUCAGAUUAUCGAGGCUUGCAAUCAUCUGGAAGAAGAUUGGUCUCCAAAGUUCACUGUCAUUGUAGCACAAAAGAACCACCACACAAGAUUUUUCCAGACUAACUCACCAGAUAAUGUUCCUCCUGGGACUGUGAUUGACAAUGGAAUUUGCCAUCCAAAGACCAAUGACUUCUACAUGUGUGCUCAUGCUGGGCCUAUUGGAACAACAAGACCUACACACUACCAUAUUCUGCAUGAUGAAAUUGGUUUCUCAGCAGAUGACAUGCAAGAGCUGGUCCAUUCACUGUCUUAUGUGUAUCAGAGAAGUACCACAGCCAUCUCUGUUGUUGCACCUAUAUGUUAUGCCCACUUGGCAGCAGCACAGGUGGCACAGUUUAUCAAGUUUGAUGAACUGUCAGAGACUUCCUCAAGCCACGGUGGAGUUGCAACAUCUGGUAGUGUUCCAGUCCCUCCAUUGCCUCGGCUUCACAAGAAUGUUCGCAGUUCAAUGUUCUUCUGCUAAACUAAUGGAAUUCCUGGUUCUGUAAUGAUGACUGAAGGUCUUAUGUUUUUUUCGUCAAUUUUUUGUCUAAGCCACUGUUGGUGGAGAAAACUAACUUAUGCUUGUUUCUGGUGAUUAUAUUGGGGAUGAAUGCAAGAAAUCAGAAACUAUAGUCCUUUGUGCUUUUGUGAUGUGUCCCUUCCGUAAGCCAUUGCAUUGGCAUUGUUAUAGGAUAGAAGUUUGUAGGGAGCUUUAGUUUUGCUGUUUAGACCUUUCAGCAAAAUAUUUAUCUACAUGUAGGUACCCCUUAAGAUUUGCUAUCAGACAUUCUGAUUAUCUUUGCUAAUCUUCAUGUUUUUCCUUUUUUUUU